GGUGGCUAAGCAUCCCUGGAGGCUCAGAGCCCCAUGGGAGCUUGCCCACAUUAUGGGCCCAGCCCCUCAGCCCCCUGACACUGCUGGGGUCCAGGAGUCUGGCCUGCUUAUGUCUAAGGGGGUCUCUCCUGGAACUUCUGGUUCUUCCUCCUUCACCCUCCUUGUCCCCUGCCUGGCAUUCUGGGGACAAUGAGCCAUCAGCAUGAACCCCUGGGAAUCCCAUUAACCCCAGCACUCGUCUUCAGGAAUGAUGGUGACAGAAUCAGAUGGGGAGGGAGGCCACCAUGGUGAGGCCCCAUCCUGUCCUACCCUUCACCAUGAAACCAGCUCAGGCUUGAGGCCGGUGCUGGCCAGGGCUCUGGGUAAGGCGCUAGGAACGAGGCAGCUGUGGGCCCCUGUGGGCCCUGGGGUCUCACCUGACAGUCAGCCCAGGGCUCAGAUCCUGGCACAGCCCCCAGUGAGAUGCCACCUGCCACCAGGAUGUCAGGCCAGGUCCUCGCCACCGCCACCAGAACUCUGGCUUUGCUUCUCCCCAGCCAGGCCUGGUCCCCUGCCUGCUCUCCUGGGUCCCCUCUUCCCCUCACAUGACACUAGCAGUCCCCCUGUUUUGUGUCUCUGCACCCCUCUGGCUAUCAUGCUCCCUCUCUCUGCUCCUUGUAAAAGAAACUUCUGGAAAGUGGGCCUCACUCCCUGUCUCCAGUGGCCACCCCUCUGUCCUCAGCAGCCUUGCUUUUGAAGGCUUCUGGUCCCCCUGGGCCUUGCCCCCGUGCAGGUUAAGCUGUACGACCCGGCAAAUCUUGGGGACCAGCAGGCCAUGGGGCCGGGAUGUGGCCAAGCCCAGUGGCUGUCUCGGAUGCACUGGACUGGUCACUGUGCGGAGCUGGAGAUGUCUUCCCAGGCCAGAAGAGUCACCCUUCGCAGAGGGCCCCAGAGAAACCAGGCUGUCAUCCCCACCCCUUUGAUUGGUUUGGCGGACAACGCCAAUGACUUGGACAAGCGCAGGCAGAUCUAUGGGCAGAACUUCAUCCCCCCCAAGCAACCCAAGACCUUCCUGCAGCUGGUGUGGGAGGCCCUGCAGGAUGUGACACUCAUCAUCCUGGAGGUGGCUGCCAUCGUGUCCCUGGGCCUCUCCUUCUAUGCACCGCCUGGAGAGGAGAGUGAAGCCUGCGGGAAUGUGUCUGGCGGGGCGGAAGACGAGGGUGAAGCAGAGGCCGGCUGGAUCGAGGGGGCCGCCAUCUUGCUGUCUGUCAUUUGCGUGGUGCUGGUCACAGCCUUCAAUGACUGGAGCAAGGAGAAGCAGUUUCGAGGCCUGCAGAGUCGCAUUGAGCAGGAGCAGAAGUUCACGGUCAUCCGGAACGGGCAACUCCUCCAGGUCCCCGUGGCUGCACUGGUGGUAGGGGACAUUGCCCAGGUCAAGUAUGGAGACCUACUGCCCGCUGAUGGUGUGCUCAUCCAGGGCAAUGACCUCAAGAUCGACGAGAGCUCCCUGACAGGCGAGUCAGACCACGUGCGCAAGUCAGCUGACAAAGACCCCAUGCUGCUGUCAGGCACUCAUGUCAUGGAAGGUUCGGGAAGAAUGGUGGUGACAGCUGUUGGUGUGAACUCCCAGACAGGCAUCAUCUUCACCUUGCUGGGAGCUGGCGGAGAGGAGGAGGAAAAGAAGGAUAAGAAAGGCAAGCAGCAGGAUGGGGCGAUGGACAGUAGCCAGACCAGAGCCAAGAAGCAGGAUGGGGCAGUCGCCAUGGAAAUGCAGCCCCUGAAGAGCGCAGAGGGCGGGGAGACGGAGGAGCGGGAGAAGAAGAAAGCCAGCGUGCCCAAGAAGGAGAAGUCGGUCCUGCAGGGCAAGCUCACGAAGCUGGCCGUGCAGAUUGGGAAAGCAGGGCUGGUGAUGUCCGCCAUCACUGUCAUCAUCCUGGUCCUCUACUUUGUCAUCGAGACCUUUGUUGUGGAUGGCCGAGUGUGGCUGGCAGAGUGCACACCGGUCUACGUGCAGUACUUUGUGAAGUUCUUCAUCAUCGGCGUCACUGUGCUGGUUGUGGCUGUCCCCGAGGGCCUGCCUCUUGCUGUCACCAUCUCCUUGGCUUACUCUGUCAAGAAAAUGAUGAAGGACAACAACCUGGUCCGCCACCUGGACGCCUGCGAGACCAUGGGCAAUGCCACGGCCAUCUGCUCAGACAAGACGGGCACGCUCACCACCAACCGCAUGACCGUGGUCCAGUCCUACCUAGGAGACACCUACUACAAGGAGAUUCCAGCCCCCAGCGCCCUGACCCCCAAGAUCCUUGACCUCCUGGUCCAUGCCAUCUCCAUCAACAGUGCCUACACCACCAAAAUACUACCUCCAGAGAAGGAAGGCGCCCUCCCACGCCAAGUGGGCAAUAAGACUGAGUGCGCUCUGCUGGGCUUCAUGCUGGACCUGAAGCGGGACUUCCAGCCCGUGCGGGAGCAGAUUCCGGAAGAUAAGCUUUACAAAGUGUACACCUUCAACUCGGUCCGCAAGUCCAUGAGCACGGUCAUCCACAAGCCUGACGGCGGCUUUCGCCUCUUCAGCAAGGGGGCCUCAGAGAUCCUGCUCAAAAAGUGCACCAACAUCUUAAACAGCAACGGGGAACUCCGGAGCUUCCGUCCCCGGGACCGGGAUGACAUGGUGAAGAAGGUCAUCGAGCCGAUGGCUUGUGACGGCCUGCGCACCAUCUGCGUCGCCUACCGAGACUUCUCUGCAGGCCAGGAGCCCGACUGGGACAACGAGAAUGAGGUGGUGGGUGACCUCACCUGCAUAGCUGUCGUGGGCAUCGAGGACCCCGUGCGGCCUGAGGUCCCUGAAGCUAUCCGCAAAUGCCAGCGUGCUGGCAUCACGGUCCGCAUGGUGACCGGAGACAACAUCAACACAGCCCGGGCCAUUGCGGCCAAGUGCGGCAUCAUCCAGCCUGGAGAAGACUUCCUAUGCUUGGAGGGGAAGGAGUUCAACCGGAGGAUUCGCAAUGAGAAAGGAGAGAUAGAACAGGAGCGACUGGACAAGGUGUGGCCCAAGCUGAGGGUGCUGGCCCGGUCAUCUCCUACCGACAAGCACACUCUGGUCAAAGGGAUUAUUGACAGCACCACAGGUGAGCAGCGGCAGGUGGUGGCAGUGACUGGGGAUGGCACCAAUGAUGGGCCAGCCCUCAAGAAGGCGGACGUGGGCUUUGCCAUGGGCAUCGCAGGGACUGAUGUGGCCAAGGAGGCCUCUGACAUCAUUUUGACCGAUGACAACUUCACCAGCAUUGUCAAGGCGGUCAUGUGGGGCCGAAACGUCUACGACAGCAUCUCCAAAUUCCUGCAGUUCCAGUUGACAGUCAACGUAGUAGCUGUGAUCGUGGCCUUCACAGGCGCCUGCAUUACUCAGGACUCCCCUCUCAAGGCUGUGCAGAUGUUGUGGGUGAACCUGAUCAUGGACACCUUUGCCUCUCUGGCCCUGGCGACAGAGCCCCCAACAGAGUCACUGCUGCUGCGGAAGCCAUAUGGCCGCGACAAGCCCCUCAUCUCACGCACCAUGAUGAAGAACAUCCUGGGCCACGCAGUCUACCAGCUCACCAUCAUCUUCACACUGCUCUUUGUCGGGGAGCUCUUCUUUGACAUUGACAGCGGGAGGAACGCACCACUGCACUCGCCACCCUCCGAGCACUACACCAUCAUCUUCAACACCUUCGUCAUGAUGCAGCUCUUCAACGAGAUCAACGCCCGCAAGAUCCAUGGCGAGCACAACGUCUUCGACGGCAUCUUCAGCAACCCCAUCUUCUGCACCAUCGUGCUGGGCACCUUUGGGAUUCAGAUCGUCAUCGUCCAGUUCGGCGGGAAGCCCUUCAGCUGCUCCCCGCUCUCCACGGAACAGUGGCUCUGGUGCCUGUUCGUCGGCAUUGGGGAGCUGGUCUGGGGACAGGUCAUUGCCACCAUCCCCACCAGCCAGCUCAAGUGCCUGAAGGAGGCAGGCCACGGGCCGGGCAAGGCCGAGAUGACUGACGAGGAGCUGGCAGAGGGGGAGGAGGAGAUCGACCACGCCGAGCGCGAGCUGCGCAGGGGCCAGAUCCUCUGGUUCCGCGGCCUCAACCGGAUCCAGACGCAGAUGGAGGUAGUGAGUACCUUCAAGAGAAGCGGGUCAUUUCAGGGUGCUGUGCGCCGGCGGUCUUCGGUCCUCAGCCAGCUCCAUGACAUCCGGGUGGUGAAAGCGUUCCGUAGCUCACUCUAUGAAGGCCUGGAGAAACCAGAAUCCAAGAGCUCCAUCCAUAACUUCAUGGCAACGCCUGAGUUUCUGAUCAAUGACUACACCCGCAACAUCCCACUCAUCGAUGACACGGACGUGGACGAGAACGAGGAGCGCCUGCGCGCUGCCCUGCCUCCAUCCCCCAACCAGAACAACAACGCCAUAGACAGCGGCAUCUACCUGACCACGCAUGCCACCAAGUCAGCUACCUCUUCAGCCUUCUCUUCCAGGCCCGGGAGCCCCCUCCACAGCAUGGAGACGUCACUCUAACCAGGACUCCUUUUGGUACACGCAUUCGGACUCACAUGCAGUUGCACACGCGUGCAUACAUGCACGUGAGCGCGCGCACACACACACACACACACACACACACAGAGGGCAGCCCACACACCUGCCAAGAGGGAGACCACUACAGUGACUGAAGACUUUUUUUGGCAUGGCGUUUGCAAGAAGCCAAAUCCAUUCAAUAAGGGUGUAGUCAGUCAGCCUUCUCAUCUCAGACAGAGGAGGAGUGGGGGGUGUCGGAGAAGAGGCGGAGAAGCUUCUUCCCCAGGUGGGAGGAAGAAAGUCAUGAAGAGACCUGCGCUCCCCACCUUUUACCUAUAGAUGCAUCUUUUUUAACGAGCACGGCAGUUAAAUCGAGUGUGCACCACUUGGGCUGUGCAUUGGGCAGGGCAGCUCUGGGCUUAUUGGGUGCUCUGUUACACCUGAAAAGGAGCAAUCAGCUCAACACAUAGGCACCACAACCAGGCGGGCCCUCCGCAGGGUCCAGGAGGGUGGCACUGCUCAUACAGGUCACCAGAGGGAGCCACCUGCAAACGUACCUGCAACCACGAAACAACUGACCUGAGUGCACAUGGCCCAACUGCAGACCACAGUGUGUGCGUGUGCGUAUAUGUGUGUGUGUGUGUCUAUAUGCAUACACAUACAUAUACGACAAGAUGCAUAGUUCAAGAAUAAGGAGCUCUUUAUUGGCAUGAUAUUUCCAUUCCUCUUACCAGGUGUUUUCCUUUUGAGAUUUCAUUAUUGAAUGUAGGAGGUUUUUUUCAGGGACACAGCUGCAAGAAUAUUUUCCUCCCUAGCCCCAUGCCCCUCAGGACCCCCUGUGCCACUGCUGCCCACAGCUCAGCCCUCAUGAGAUGCCCAAGGAGGAGGUGUGGGGAGGGAUGCUCAAGGCCGGGAGGCCUUGCCAUGGGAACAUUUGCACUUCCAGACCCUGCAUCAAGGAGAAAAACCUUGCCGUGGGAUUGUCACUGCAAAGCAAAAUACCGGUCUCGAUGAGCAUGGUACCCUCCCUUAGACAUUUCAACCGCAAGUCCUGCAUUCUGGCAGACACAGGAAGCUGCCAACGCCCCAAGCUGGAGAGUGUGAAGCACCCAGUGCUGGGGGUGGCCACACCCAUCCUGUCUGCUGCAAGGGUGGGGCCAGAACCCACUGUGGGUCUCUGGAGCAGAGGUGGUCUGCCCCCAUGCCAGGAGCCCGCCUAGGGCCCAAUCAAGACCCCACCACUCUCGGCACCCUGGCUGGACGUGCACUUCGUGUUCUGGCAAUGCCAGGAAGUGCUGACCAGGCCACUCCACUGCGUGCUGCAGCCUGGGAAGUGCCACCCACCGGAGCUCACUUCCAAGCCUGGUCUUCUCAUCUGGAGGACAAAUGUGAAGGCAUGGCCCUGAGUCUGUGCCACUUCCAGCAACAGCAGAGAAGCCACGCCUCGUGGAGCAAUGACAUUUCAUUGCUGUCACCGUCACUCUUAUCACACCAGGGGCUCUUCUAAGCCCACUGUGGCGGAGUGUGGGUGCAGCAGUGCUCAGGCCCACCCAGGCAGGUGGGGCUUUUGGGAGGCACCUCUCCUGGCGGUGUGACACUUAGCAUGCCAAGCCUCAGUUUCUCCAGGAUGAGUGAUAACCUGAAAGGAGAAGGCAGGGAAGGCAGAGGUAGAGGGCCCUGAUGUCUGCUGUCCUCCUGUCCCCCAGGAAACAGGCCUCUUCCCCAUGGAUUGCCAAGUCUCCCUCUGCCCCCAGGUCUGCCGCAGUGAUGUCAGUGAAAUGGGCAGCACCUUGCCAUGAGCUUCCUUGAGCUUCUGAGCUCCCGGCUGUCAUGCUUUGUAGGGCUUGGGCUCAGCUGCAGAUUGACACCCUCAGGAGCUGGGCCUGUCACCCACACACACCCUGCAUCACCUCCCUAGCAUCUGCCCAAAGCCAAAUGGAAAUGUGCUUGGUGACCACCAUUCACACGAAAGCUGUCACCCCUGAGCAGUAGUCGAAUCUCGGGCAAAAGGAUUUUGGUUUGAAAGCAAAUCCCACUUUAAAAUGCCAGCUACAGAUAACUUAAAGCCAUCCCUUUUUUCUAAAGGGCACAUUGAGAAUGUUACCCAUUUGUAAAUUGUCCCCUCAUGUCCUUGUUUAAACCGCCACAACCUGAAAGGCAACUCAAUUUCUGGAGGGUCUUUGUGUUCCAAAUCAUGUGUCAGUCCGAGGGUCAGCUGGAGAUGGCCACGCUCCUGGGCUUCUUCCCAUCCUCCAUUGUAGACAUCGAUAGAGCAAACCCUCACUGGCACCGCGUCCUGUCGCCUGGUGCAAAUGUUGCCCGUGUGGUCCCUAGGGUGCCUUUGAGCUGGGCCGUGGGGUACGCAGAAGGGGCACGGAGGACUCGUGAUCUUUCACUCUGGUUCUUGUACAGUCUUCAGGCCGAGGGACUGUCUCAUCCGGAGGCCCCUCUUUCUAAGCAUUAUAUUAUCCAGAAUGGCUUGGUCAACUGUGUUCAGUUAAUAAAUGUUUUACAUUUUUAUCUGCCUAUUAUAAAGAUGAACAAAAAUAUCUUAAUGAGGAAGACCACAGAUGCUUACCAAUCUAAAGUCUGUAGCUGAAUUUCCUAAUUUAAAGAAUAGACCAAAAUCUCUGUGUAUAAAAAAAAAAAUGAAAGGCUCUUACAACCGUG